AUGAAGGGCGGCGGGCAGGGGCGCCGGCCCUCGGCGGCAGUCACGCGCCCCUCGCGCCCAAUCACCGGCGUCCACCAGAGUGAGGCAAGCAGGAGGGGGCGCGCCGGCGGCCAUUGCAGCGCCACCCCCAUCCUCGUCCUCGCCCCUCCCCGGGCCCCGCUCACCUGCCGGGGCCGCCACCGCUGCCGCCGCCACAGCCGCCGCGGACACACUCGCGGCACCCGGGCCCUUCCCCAUGGGCAGGCCCAAAAGACCCCGCCCGCGCAGCGGACUCCCGGCCCCGCCCCCGCGGCCCCGGCCCCGCCCCCAGGAGGGACACCGCCCUUGAGGCGAGCCCUGGCCGCCUUGGGCGAGUGCGCCUGCGCAAGGCUCCCCGGCUUCUUGGCUGUCCUACACUGGCACCAUCAGGAUUGGAAACUUGCUCAGGAGUUCAGCUUCAUCUUUGACACGGGCUCAGCUGACUUAUGGGUGCCCUCCAUCUACUGCUCCAGCAGAGCCUGUGCGAGCCCACCCUGUACCUCCCCGCUGCGCAACGAGGAGGGUGGCGUGGUGAUGUUCCUCGGGGGGGACCCCUCCGACUACGAGGGAGACCUGAAGUGGGUGCCCGUGACCAAACCUGACUGCUGGCAGAUAUCCAUGGACAGUAUCUCUGUGAACGGGAAGGUUAUUACUUGUGAUGGCGGCUGCCAGGUUGUCGUCGAUACUGGGACCGCAUUGCUGAUUGGCCCAAAAGACCCUAUUCUCAACAUCCUGAAGAUCAACGCAGAGGACACUAACACUAGCGAGCAGCACAUCAUCGACUAUAACACCAUCAACACCCUGCCUGACAUCGUCUUCACCAUCAAUGGCUCCCAGUACCCAGUGCCAGCCAGAGCCUACAUCCAGGAGGUUGACUCUGACAUCUGCUACAGCAAAUUUGAAAGCACCUCACUCAACUGGGAUCUCUGGGUCCUGGGUGAUGUCUUCCUCAGGCUGUAUUUCACCGUUUUCGAUAGAGCCAAUGGCAGGAUUGGCCUGGCUCCUGUAGUGCCAGUGUAA